AUGGACAAGCCGUGCACGCUGAUGAUCCACUUCGAAAAGGGCUCCGCCGCCAUGGCGAACGCGAUCAAUUCGGAUCUGGAGGGCAGCGACGUUGCCGCCAAGACGGAGGCCAUGAAGCGCGCGGUCAUGCUCCUCCUCAAUGGCGAGACCCUGCCGAAGCUCUUCCUCACCGUCGUCCGCUACGUCCUCCCCUCGGAGGACCACACCGUCCAGAAGCUGAUGCUCCUCUACCUCGAGAUCAUUCACAAGCGCGACCCCGCCGGCCGCGUCCUCCCGGAGAUGAUCCUCGUCUGCCAGAAGCUCCGCCACAACCUGCGGCACCCCAACGAGUACAUCCGCGGCGUCACGUUGCGGUUCCUCUGCCGCCUCUCUGAGCCGGAGAUCCUGGAGCCGCUCGUGCCGUCCAUCCUCGAGAACCUCGAGCACCGCCACCACUUCGUCCGCCGCCACGCGCUGUCGGCGAUCUCCGCGAUCUACCGCCUCCCUCAUGGUGAUCAGCUCAUCCCCGACGCUCCGGAGCUCGUCGAGCGCGCACUCGCUUCCGAGCAGGACGCUUCCGCGCGGCGGAAUGCGUUCCUCAUGCUCUGCCUAUGUGCGCAAGAACGUGCUCUCGUGCACCUAUUCUCCAACGCUCAACGUGUUACCCAGUGGCCCGAUCUCCUGCAGAUGGCGGCGGUAGACCUCAUCCGCAAGGUCUGCAGUUGUCCAAACCGUGCUGACAAGGGCAGGUAUAUCAAGAUCAUCAGCUCACUCCUCUCUUCCCCCAGCACAGCUGUUGCGUACGAGUGUGCCGGUGCGCUUGUCUCGCUCUCCUCGGCCCCCAGUGAUGCGCGCGCUGCCGCAAACGCAUACAACAAGCUGCUCACGUCGCAGAGUGACAGCAAUGUCAGACUCAUUCUUCUGGACCGUCUGGAUGAGCUGCGCAGGUCACACCGACAUGUGAUGGUGGAUGUAGUGAUGGAUGUGCUGCGUGCACUUGCCAUCCCCAACUUAGACGUCAAGAGAAAGGUGCUGGAUUUGGUGCUUGGUCUGCUCACUCCUCGUAAUGUCAAGGAGGUAGUGCUUUACCUCAAGAAGGAGGCUGGCAAGACGAAAUCAGGGGAGUACCGCCGGAUGCUGUUGCAAGCUAUCCAUGAAUGUGCCGUGGAGGUCCCAAAGGUGGCUGGAUCGGUGGCGCACCUCCUCAUGGACUUCCUUGGUGGCACUAAUGCUGCUGCGGCCGUUGAUGUUGUGUUGUUUGUGCGCGAGAUCAUCGCGACGACCACUGAUCCCAAGCUGCGCGUGUUCAUGAUCCGGAGGCUGAGUGAUACCUUCUAUCGGAUCCGGGCGUCCCGUGUAUGUUCAAUCGCUCUCUCGAUCCUUGGGGAGUACUCCCUCUCGUUAGCAGAGGUCGAGAGGGCCAUUUCCACCAUCAGGCAGUGCCUUGGGGAUCCACCACUCUCCACUGUCUCGGAGGAAGGAGAGACAACUGAUCCCUCCAAGCCAGCCAAGCCGAUGGUGAACUCUGUCACCCUGUCUUCCAGGAGGCCUGUUGUUCCUGCAGAUGGCACACUGAGUACUGCUAAGGCGGCCAUUUCGACUCCAUCAGUUGCUCCUGUAUCAUUGGCAUCGACCCUGAAUCUCAGAUCACUCAUUCUAUCAGGCGAUUUCUGCUUGGCUGCAGUUGUUGCCUGUAUUCUUACCAAACUGGUACUGAGGCUGCAGGAGCUGCAACCGUCAAAGGCUGAAGCAAACAAGGCUUGUACUGGGGCCUUGCUGGUCAUGACGUCCAUUCUGCAGCUGCGGUCAUCCUCCUAA